AUGCCCUCCAUUCAUAUCAAAAGCGCUCAUUACCCACAUAUACGGGACCUGUUCAGCGGUUCCGACGACAACCAGCUGGAUCCUAAGAGCGACGACGAGGAGACGGCAUCCGGUGCUGGAAACAGCUCUUCAGUGCUCACAAUGCGUCCCAUAUCGAUGCCCAACUUGAAGGCCUCGAGCCGUGAUGGCACAGAAGCUCCCCAGGCAAUGCCACCCUUCCCUCUCAAUCAUCCCGACUCUGCUGGGACGACCCACCGACGACGACCUAGGUCGAACACCGCUUCCAGUCGCAUACGGUCCCACGUUCUCGAACGCUCUACCCGGGACUCGCGGUCGUUCAGAGACUCGACGAUCCAUCAUGGACCAUCGUCAUCCACAGAGGCACUCAAUCCCAGCCCUACACACCCCACAAAUGCUAGAGUAGACGGCACGCAGGCCAGUAUUCUGGUGGAAUCCCCGACUGGACUCGGUCCUGGUCACGGUAUUUUGCAUGACGCACUUGACGAGUUUGAUUCUCCUGUUUCGCCUUCGUCGACCAGAAGGCGGACGUAUGCGAGGAACCAUCAUGAUGACAUUGUCGAGCAUUUGGACGUUAUCGACCCUCAGGUUGGAACUGUGUCAAAACUGACGAAUGCAGCCAAUUCCAUCGUGAUUCCACCCACCGGAUUAUAUUCGAGGAGGCCUGUCAUUGUGCUAUCGUCCCCUAGACGCCAGGGGGAUAAGGAGAAGCCAGACUACGACGACCCUCUGGACAGCCAUGUCGAUGAUGUGCUGAAGAGCCCUUCCAGAAUACGACGGACCUUGUUGGGAGUAUGGUCUUUUCUCAAAACCCCUAUGGGUAUCCUAACCGGAAUUUACGGCUUCCUUGUUGUGUUCUGGGGCGCAGCGAUUGUCCUUUUCCUGGCCAAGAUUAUCAAUUUACACGAUGAUGAACUCCAAGGAUUCUGGGUGGAGGUGUCGUCUCAGGUUGUGUGCGGCCUCUUUACUGUGACAAGCGUCGGAUUUAUUCCUUCUCGAAUUCUAUCCACUUUCCGAAUUUACAAGAUAUGGUACUACAAGAAAGAAACUAUCAAAAGGCGGAAGGAAGCGGGGCUUCCUCAACUGUUCGAUCUUGACGACUUGCCUGACCCACAUUACGACCCCAAUUUUGUCCAUGUUCUUACAGACGAAGAACACAAGGAUCUCCACCGCCAGCAAGUCAAAUUUGCGUACCACCAAACGUGGUACCGGGCUCAUGGAACAGAAACCCAUCGCGCCUUUCCAAUAACAAUGGCACUCUGGAUCUGCUUCCUCAAUGACGCCAACUCCAUUUUUCAAGCAGGUAGCCCAUAA